AUGAAAGUAAAAUAAAGAAUUUAAUUACGAAUACCUAAAAUUUCAGGUCAUGUUUAAACUGAGGCAAGUUAAGAUUAAUUAUAAUCAACCAAUGAUACACGUUUCAAGGGUGAUUUAACAUGUAGAUAAACAAUCAGAGUUAGAAAUACAAUUAAAGAAGCUCUUAUGAUCUCGAAUAUCAAAUUGGCAUUUUAAGAAGAGAUGGAUAAAAUAAAGGAAGAAAUAAGAAAACCUGAAAAGUAAUAACUUAUUAUGUAAAUUUGUUUGUUUACAAAGUACUGAAAUGCUACAAUAAAAUAGAGUUAUCAUCUAAAAUACUUUAAUGCAAUUAAAUUAAUUAUUUUUAGAAAGAAAGGAUCGAGAUUAAGCAAUAAAAAUAAUAAAUGAAAUAAGUAAUUAAGUAUUGAAAUCAAAGAUAUCAGGUAUGAGAUAUAAUGAUUAUUUAAAAGACCUGAAAAUAUUCAUACAUCUUAAAUUAGCUAAAAUAGUAUUUAGUUAUAAUUUGCUCUACUUUAGUAUAAUCUUAGCAAAGAUAGUAAAGAGAAUGUCAGACAAUGAGCAUUUAUUAAAAUAUAAAUUGUUAGCAUAUAAGUUACUUGGGAUCUCUUUUUUUAAAUUAAGGAAUAGAUAAUCUAAGAUUUACUUUACAAAAUAUUUAAUGUGUAGUUGGAAAUUGAAUUAGAAGAAUCAUGAAUUAAAGGCUUAUGAAUAUUUAGGGAAGUACUAUUUUUAGGAAGGAGAUAUAGUAAAGGCUACAACAUUUCAUGAGAGAAUGGUAAAUGGAGCAAUUUUGGUAAUAAAUGUAAAAAUAUAAUUAAAGUUACCUCAUUCUUCAUUAAGAGUAUUGGGUAUAAGAAAAUUAGAGUAAGGAUCAAUAGGGAAAGGGAAAAAGAAUUAUGGAUUAGUAGAAUAGCAUGAAAUAAAUGUAUCAAGUGAUGCAGAAGGAUUUGAAUUAGUUUUUAAUGAUGAUAAUUCUGUUCCUAAUAAAGUUGCUAUUCAAAAGAUGGAUCAAUUGGUACAGAAUGGAUAAAGAUAAAGUCUUAUUAAUUAUCCAAUAAGAAAGAAUUUAAUAUUCUAACAUAGAAGUUAAAAUAUUAUGGAUAAUAAAAUUAAGACUAGACAUAUGCAUUAAUUACCAGUGAUGUUAAAUCAUUUAAGUCCAAAUAGAUAAUUGGUUAAUUAUUAAUUUCUAGAAUUGAAUAAGGCUGUUCCUAAUUAUAAAUUAACUCAGAACUUAGAUCCUUACUUUGAGAAAAAAGAUUCUUCAAGCAUUGCAAAUGUAAUUGUAAAGCUAUCUCGUGUUUUGGAAUAAGUAGACAUUUGGAUUAAAUUAUGA